GAGAUGUGGUCGACAUCUACCAGAGGGAGUUCCUGGCUCUGAGAGAACGUCUUCACUCGGCCGAGCAGGAGAACCUGCGGCGCUCCAAAGAGCUGAACCUGGUUCUGGAGGAGAUCAAGAAGGCCAUCGCUGAGAAGCAGGCGCUCAGAGACAUCAACCGCACCUGGAGCAGCCUCUCUGAGGAGACCAGGUUGAAGCUCUGGAACGUGAGCAGCAGCAAAAACCUGCUGCAGCUUCCCUCCAUCUUCCAUCACCUCCCUCACCUGCUGAACAGAGAGGACAGCCUGCAGCCCGCCGUGCACCUGGGCCAGGGACGCACCGGAGUCUCCGUGGUGAUGGGCGUUCCCAGCGUGAAGAGGGAGGUCCACUCCUACCUGACGGACACGCUGGCCUCUCUGAUGUCAGAGCUCAGCCCGGCUGAGAAGGACGACUGCGUCAUCGUGGUCCUCAUCGCAGAGGCUGACCAGCAGUACGCCAGCGGUGUAGCAGACAACCUGAAGCGCCUUUUUCCAGCAGAAAUCCAGGCCGGACUGCUGGAGGUCAUCUCGCCGUCUGUCCACUUCUAUCCAGAUUUCUCCCGCCUUCGAGAGUCCUUUGGAGACCCCAAGGAGAGAGUCAGGUGGAGGACCAAGCAGAACCUGGACUACUGUUUCCUGAUGAUGUACGCCCAGUCCAAAGGAACCUACUAUGUGCAGCUGGAGGACGACAUCGUGGCGCGGCCAAACUUCUUCACCACCAUGAAGAACUUCGCCCUGCAGCAGCCGUCCGAGGAGUGGAUGAUCCUGGAGUUCUCCCAGCUGGGCUUCAUCGGGAAGAUGUUCAAGUCUGCAGACCUGUCGCUCAUCGUGGAGUUCAUGCUGAUGUUCUACAAGGACAAACCCAUCGACUGGCUGCUGGACCACAUCAUGUGGGUCAAAGUCUGCAACCCCGAGAAGGACGCGAAACACUGCGACCGGCAGAAGGCCAACCUGAGGAUCCGCUUCAAACCCUCGCUCUUCCAGCACGUGGGGACCCACUCCUCUCUGGCGGGGAAGAUCCAGAAGCUGAAGGAUAAGGACUUCGGGAAGCAGGCGCUGCACAAAGGCCACGCCAACCCGCUGGCGGAGGUGACCACCAGCCUGAAGACCUACCAGCACUUCACCCUGGAGAAGGCCUACCUGGGGGAGGACUUCUUCUGGGCCUUCACGCCGGUGGCGGGGGACUUCAUCAGGAUCCGGUUCUUCACCCCCGUCCGCAUAGAGAGGUACUUCUUCCGGAGCGGAAACAUUGAGCAUCCAGGAGACAAACUGUUCAACACGUCCGUGGAGGUGCUGCCCUUCGACAACAUCCAGGCAGAGAAGGAGGCUCUGACUGAAGCAAAGGACCGAACACCAAAGUACCAUCGCACCGAGGACGGCUUCAUCAGAAUAGGAACGUUCCAGAAUGGGAUCGCAGAGGGCGAGGUCAACCCCACCUUCGGCCCCCUGGAGGCCAUGCGCCUGUCUGUGGUGACGGACUCACCUGUGUGGGUGAUCCUCAGCGAGAUCUUCAUAAAGAAAGCAGAGUGAAGCUCCACCUCAGCAGAGCUGACUCGCCGCCGCCCUGCCUCCUGUCCCGCCCACUACAUGCUGACACGGCUCUGCGGCGCCCCCUGUGGGCGGAGCUCUGCGCUGCAGGAGCCAGACUGAAGCAGACGGAGGCGAAGCGUUCUCCUGGUUCACUCUCCGGAGCAGAUGCUGUAGUUAUUCCUGGACUCUGGAUCGCUAGGGAUGUGAGGCUCCGCCCCCCUGCACGCGAGCAGUCCUGCGCUCCCGUGACACGCCUCUUUGGACAUAGAGAUGUCCCUCAGGUGGGGUUGACAUCCACACCUCUUUGCCUUAAUGAGAAGCAGCGCAGGUUCAACUAUGUAGCGUUCACUGAUACCCAGAAUCCUCGGCUGCAGCCUGGGAGCGUCUCUAGAACUACAGAUGAAGGCAGUCUCUUUGAUGAAUCUUCUGUGACGGCCUUGUCGCUGAUGGUGGCUCUCCAGGAGGAGACAGACGUCCAUGUUUCUGUGGUCUUCCACGGAGAGACUUGGAGCUGCUCCACCUCAGAGGACUCUAUGGUUUUUAAUAAACUGCUCCCUUCAUGCACC